CACAAUGAACAAGCAAAUGGACAUCUUGAACGCAGGUUUCAAAGGCACCGGCUUCCAAUACAGGCUCGCUGACAUCGACUAGACCAUCAACUCGUACUGGUCGGGCAACCAAGACCAGAUGAGCAUGAAGCGCAAGCUGCGCAAGAGCGACUACAAGUCCCUCAACCUCUACUAUCUAUCCGAUUACACGAGCGGGUCAGGCUACUGCUACUACCCAUACUCGCCCGUCUCCCCGGCCGAGGACAACUUUUACAUUGACGGCUGCAUCAUGGGCUCUUGGACUGUGCCUGGUGGUGGUAACAUCGCAUUCAGCACGGAAAAGAUCACGGUCCAUGAGGUAGGCCUCUGGCACAACCUUAUUCACACGUUUGACGGCAACAACUGCAACGGUCCCAAUGACCACGUCGAUGAUACCCCCGCCGAGGGCUAUAAUGCCAGCGGCUGCGAUACUGGUCGUGAUACUUGCCCGAGUCAUCCGGGCCUGGAUCCCAUUUACAACCAUAUGGACUACAGCGAUGACUACUGCCGCACCGAGUUUACCUCGGGCCAAAUCCAGCGCAUGCAGAGCAGCUGGAAGCAAUACCGCGCCUCGUCUUGA